CACAGUUGCCUUUACAACGUGUUUCAUUCCGAGUAGUGGCUGUCUGGUUGGAAACUCAAAUCUUGAAAAGAUUUAGGUAACGCGUCACUUUUUGGUUGAUAAAGACUGACAGGUGUCAACAGAAACCAUGUCAGAAGUGAAACACAGAAAAUCCAGAUCAAACUUCACGAAAAGUGCACCCGGUGGGGGGAGACCUAGCACAUCUACGGGAAGGAAGGCAGCGGUAUCCCCAUCACACAACACUAAGGACAGAACGCCUGAGGGUGGUGAUGGUUGGAUCUUGUGGCUUAAUCUGGGGGCGUGUCUGUCUGCCAUGGUGUACUGUGGAUAUAAACACGCAGACCUGAUGUACACCAUUCACGAGAACAACAUGUGGUUCACAAACAUAAAGGAGGUGGAGAGAGAGAUUUCCUUCAGAACUGAAUCCGGUCUGUAUUAUUCGUACUACAAGCAAAUGGUGCAGGCACCAUCUAUUUCACAGGGCCUGCAUUCCCUGGUCCAUGACAAUAUGACGGAACACCCAGACACGAUUAAUGUCCUGGAAAGAAUGAACGUCUACCAGGAAGUUGUCCUCAGUAUCUUAUACAGAGUAUUACCCAUAAAGAAGUGGAUUCCGCCAAUCUUUUUCUACAUUAACUCGGUGUUUGCCCUCCACGCUAUGCUGGUGUGGGCGUUGUUCCUCACCGCGUACUUCCUGAGUGGGUCGUGGCUGGCUGGUAUUCUGACAGCGUGUUUCUACACCUUCAACAAGGUGGACACGACUAGGGUUGAAUACAUUAUCCCGCUCAGAGAAAGCUUCUCUCUCCCUUUCCUGUGGGUACAGAUAGCAGCAACUACAUAUUACUUCAGACACAACUGCUCUCCUCAGAAGGAGAAGCUGUCAGUGGGAAUCAUUUUGAUCUCCAGCCUAUGUUUCUCACUGGGCUGGCAGUUUAACCAGUUUGUACUACUGCUGCAGGCCUUUGCUCUGUUUGGCACUUGGAUCCUGGACAUGGUCCCUUCCAGAAAGAUCCAGAUGCUGUUUAUAGCCCAGUGUUUCUCGCUAGUCGCGACCUGUUUCCUGCAGUUCUUCAACAAAAUGAUCCUCGGAUCUCUGGUCAUGAGCUUUAUCCCUUCUGCGCUUCUCCUUAUCUACCUUAAGGGAGACGAAAUGAAAUCCUGCAGCAUUCCAAAUCAAAUUAUCAAAGUAUUCGGAUACUCUUUGGCAGUUCUUGUUUCCAUGAUGCUCCUGCAGAGAGUUUUAAAGUUUGUUCUGGGGAUUGAUGCAGAUGAACACAUCUACAAAUUUGUCAUGUCAAAGUUUAAAGUUGGGCAUGCAAGGGAUUUCGAUGCCUUGCUGUACCUGUGUAUCGAUGCGUUCGGCUUCCUACAGUUUGAUACAUUUGAGCGGUUGACAAAAGGAGUUGUCUUCCCUUUGUAUGUUGUCACACACCUAGGAAUGUUGAUCAUCCUGUUUAUAGCAGUUCUACAGAAUUGGAGCAACCAUGUUCAUGAAACAAAUGUCAAAGAUCACACAAGUGCCAAAAAAUUGCAUCUCCUGAGUUCUCGUCCAGAACUUGCUUAUCAUACAGUAUUAGCGGUUUUCUUUGGAAUUCUGGGAAUGUCUACAUUACGUAUGAAAUACCUUUGGACACCGUACAUGUGCAUUCUGGGAAGUGUUGGAAUCAGUGACUACAAAGUCUGGAGGACUAUUCUGUCACCGCUUAAAACACAGGGAAUCAUCGUGCAGAUUGUCAGACAUUUUAUGACCCUAUUAACGCUAACAGUUUUAUUAGCUAUAGCUCUUUCACCUCUUUUGAAAGAACUAGAGGAAUUGAAGGAAUUUUGGGAUCCAGAUACUGUAGAGCUCAUGGAGUGGAUCAAAUCCAGUGUGCCAAGCAGUGCAGCAUUUACUGGCAGUAUGCAGCUGUUAGCAGGAGUCAAACUGUGUACAGGUCGUCCAAUCACAAACCACCCUCAUUAUGAAGACAACCAUCUCCGAUUUAAAACCAAAGAACUUUAUCAGAUAUAUGGAAGGAGAACUCCUGAAGACAUCCACGACAUCUUAACAAAGUAUAAGUCUAGCUACAUCAUCUUGGAGGACAGUAUUUGUUUAGCACCUUCCAAGGGAUGUCGGACUCCGGAUAUUGUAGAUGUUGACAAUGGAGUGAUUCCUGACCACGGUAAAUCAGAGCCAGGACUCGUCAAAAGUAGCAUUCCUAGAUUCUGUGAUGAAAUACGAUACGAAACACCAGCGUACACAAAAUAUUUCAAACUCGUGUUCAGUAAUCGAACAUUCCGUGUUCACAAAGUAUUAUGAAAUCUACAACACGUAGUAUGUAUUUAUUUACAGAUUACAUGUACCUCUGUUACAUAUUUCCAAUCGUUUUCCGGGUUUGGUUUGAUCCAGGUGUUUUUGCCAUAUUUUUUUUUCACGUAUACCUGAUCCUUUUCACAAAUAUUGUAGGAAUUCUUUGUGUAACCACUUUAAAACCAGAUCAUUGAUAUUUUUUAAAAUUUAGAAUAAGGGACAGAGAUAUAAAGGGCAUUUUUUCUCAAGAUCCAAGUCUUAAUAUGAUAAAAUUCAUAUUGAAUGCAUGUAUAUUUUUUUAUAUCAUACUACAUGUACAUUCAAAGGUCAUGAUCAUUUCAUUACAGUGUCUCCCAAGUUUUUAUUGCCUUUUACAAGGUUUAUUUCUGGUAUUAGGGAAAAAAAAGACCUUUGGAAAAUUACAUAAAGUCCAUGAUUAUAAAUUAAAUAUUUAAUUACAUUUUCAACAGCAGCUGGAGUUUUUUGCAUUUCUGUUAUUUGAUAAGUAUAUUUUAUUAAUACUAAAAUGGACUGAAGGUGUUGAGAGAGGAAAAUGACACUGAAAAUGCUGCCUCAAAGACACAUACAAGUAAUGAUACAGAACAUGAUUUCAUCAGCAUUGAUCAUCUCCAUCACAUCACGCAAGUAGAAUGGAUGAAAACCACCAAGCAGUGGAAUUUUGAUAAUGCUAGUGUCUGGGGGUGUAAUGUUUUUAAUGUCUGGCACUAAGUCUCAUUUUUAACCAAUAAUGCUAGGUUACACAAUGAAUUUGAAUGGGAAUAGUAUGGCCUCUUUUAUUUUUAUGUGAAUUUUGCAUAAUAGAUUUGAAUGUCAUAUUAAUUGAUAGCAUUUAUUCUUUGAAUAAAUGUUUUGAAAUUUGUCUAUUUUGUAAUAGUAUAUACUUAAAGAUUGAAUUUCACAUUUUAUUUUUUAAAACUCUUACAUGUAUUGUGAGCCAUGAUGUAAUUUUCUAUAAUAUGAAAUGAUGUACCCUCAUUAUGAUAUUAGAGAAAUUUAUUAUAUGAUUCCAUACAUGCAUGCAUUUUGGAAUUUACACGUAUAAUGGAGGAAGACCAAUGUAGCUCAGGAACUUGAAAUCAAUGUCUUUUGACAUGUAAGGCGAGAGUAGUUCAAGAAUUUAUCAAACACAAAUGUUACAUUUUAUUAUAAGUACACAUGAAAGGUAUGCUAUAAUCUUUAGAGUCUGCACACAAUGUGUAGAAGACGAGAAUAUACGAGUAUGUUCUGAUGCUAGUACAGUGUGGAUUCUUAUUUUCUAGUCACAACUUGAAGGUAGUAAAAUCUUCAAAAGAAUUUCUUGCCAGUUUACAUUCACCCAAAUGUAUUUUUGAUAAAUGCAAUUUGAUACAAAUUUUAAUUAUUAGCAAUACAGUAUGAUUGACAUUCAUUUGUUUAUAAGAGUUGAAUUUACAAAAUUCCAGUCGGUCAUCAUGAAUUGCUGUCAGGUAAUUAUUUUGACUAAAUGACAUAUUAAUCAAUAUUAAAUCCUGAAUGAAUGCCUCCAGUAAUUUCACGGACAAUCCUGCUUUAGAUCUCAAUGAUUUAGAAACACUGUAGUCAAACUUUCGACACUGAGGGCUUCAGGUUAACAUUUCAGUAUUGUCAUAUUACGGACUACAUAAGAUGGAAGCACACAAAUACUGUUUGAAAUUUCUCCUAUAAUACACACACAUACUGUUUGAAAUUUCCCAUAUAAUACACACACAUACUGUUUGAAAUUUCUCCUACAGUACACACACACACACACACACUGUUUGAAUUUUCUCCUACAGUAUACACACACACUGUUUGAAAUUUCUCAUGUAAUACACACACUGUUUGAAAUUUCUCAUAUAACACACACACACAGUUUGAAAUUUCUCAUAUAAUACACACAGUUUGAAAUUUCUCCUAUAAUACACACACAUACUGUUUGAAAUUCCCCAUAAUCGCAGCAGUAUGAUGUUGGUACACCAUUUCCCCCCUGGUGAUUGUUUUGUAUGCUGUAGCUCACCUGAAUGGUUUGAUGAAUUAUUGACAUUUGUUUCUCUAGCAAUGUACUUUCCUUUUAUUGGGCUUGACAGUGUUCUAUUUUUUUUAUUUAUUUAUUUUUUUUUUGCUUCUGUAUCACCUUGAAAUGUUAUGAAUAAAAUUGAACACCUCUA